AUGCGGUGGACUUUGCAGAUGCCGUCAUGGCUCAGCAUGUGUUCGAAAUGCGAAAUCAACGGUGCGAGAUACCUUGGAGCUAUCCCUGUUCACACCGGGAUUUCCCUAGCACCAGAAACAUUGUUAGGUCCCCUGCAGGAAAUUUUCAGGAUAGCUAUCGAUGCGGGCCCUGACCAACCAGGUGUAACAGAGCGUUGUGUAAUAUGGAUUUGGCAUCAAUCAUACCAAACAUUCACAAGGGCCAAAAAUGCCUCUAUCGCCUUCGUUGGAAAGAUGUCCCAUGAAGUACAUGCAACGCUUCGCUACAGAAUCGGCAAAGAGCAGAAUCACGAGAUGCAAGGGUUCAGAGCUGUUGAUAAACACAGCGACUUACACCACCUAUCCCAUGCCGUCAUACCCACAGAGGUGGACGAUCCUUGGCUCUCAAAAACGGGAUACAGAUGCAAGAGAACAGAUGCCAUGGAAAGUCCCCAAUGGUACACGACAUGCUGUCGUCCUGCGACUGCCGAGAAAAAUGGCCGAAAACAAGGUUGUCCGACGGAAGCAACAAGCCUCUGCCCGACGUCUCACGCCUAA